AUGGCAAAGGGAGUCGAUAAGGAUUGGAAAUGCACUACCAUCUUUAUGUCUCAGGAAUUGCUACAGACUAAGCAUGAUUCAGUCGACUAUGAAAAUGAGGUCAUUCACAACAGGAGGUUUUACACAUCCGGUGCCAGACCUGGCAAGUUACAACAACACUGCCGCACGGGUUCGGGACCGCAUCGCACCGUCUCCUCCACCGAUCUCCUGCACGGUCAUUUCCCCGCUCACAGCGACCACAUCAGAGGUUCUCAGUACAGGCUGGAGGAGGAGGCCCUGGAAGAACCCUCUGAGAAGAGGAACAGCAAAGGGACAAAAGUCAUGGAUGUACUGGAUAAGGAGAAAUGGGAGAAUGCCAGAGGGUAUGGGGCCCAGCCCAAAGAAGAGAGCUUGGGGUUUGUCAGUGAACAGGAGGAAGAAGAGGAUGAUAGUUCACUACCCAGAACUGGAUCACAAACCACUGACUCAGAUAACUACAAGCAGGGUUUUCAUUGUUUACCAAAGAGUCUGGUUCCUUCUGAAAUCAGCCACUGCCUGUUUGAGGUGGAGGACACCCUGAGGACACUCCUGACUUAUCUGGUUGAAGAUGAAAGCUUCAGUGACCAAGCCAGCAGUAGCUCUGCAUCCCUAGUCUCCCCUGCGCCCACCACUCCAACUCCCACAAAAAGCCCUGCUGUACCCACACCUGCGCAGCCUGUGCCUGCCCCUCAUCCACACUUUCCUUUCCACCUAUCUACCCCUCACCCUAGUUGCCACCUUGGUGUGCACCCCCCUCCCAAGAUGCACUUUCACCCUCACUAUGAGACAGCUCACGCUGUGACUCGGAGGCCCUCUGAGACAUGCCGCAGUCAACUCAUUCACCCACAACCGUGCUUCCUAGACCUGCCCACCGAGCUGCCCAGCUGUGGCCAGAGGAGGGAGGAGGCGGGUGCCUUCCACAUCUUGACGAAACUCAGAGAGAGUGUGGAGCAACUGCUUUCGAUUCAGAAGCGAGAGUACGAGGUGCACAAGGAGGUUCUCGCACUUGUCCGUGAGCUCGGCCCACUGCAGAGCCAUAACCAGAGCUAUGGGCUCAGUGCUCAGCUCCAGCAGGUCCACCACCAGGCCAGCAAAAUCACUAAGCUUCCUCUGCUGUGUCAGCGAUGCCAGGCUGGGCUCCCACAGAUCUUAGUGAGUGAGGUGUAGAGCACAGAAGCUUGAAGAGAGUCCUGAAA